AUGGAAGGACUCACCCAGGCUAUAUUUUCUGUGCUUCUGGUGGAUUUGUGCUCUGUGGUUGGAGCGGAGAAUAUCCCUGGGAACCGUGAGGCUUUCUUCCACAGAAGUAGUGGAGGUCACAGGGACCAUGUUCAUCACUCCAGCAGGUUCCCACUCUACAUGAUGCAGCUCUACCGGAUUCUGCUGGAGGGAGACACACUCAGGGCGCCGCCAUCUGUCAGCGCCGCCCCGACCAAGAGUGAGGACAUCUCCGGUCUUCACGAUUCUGACUCUGUACUCAGUCUGGUAGCCAAAAGUUGUCAUCAGAGCGGUGGGAGGUGGUCUGUCACCUUUGAUGCAUCCUCCAUCUCUGCAAGUGACAACAUCAAGCGCUCCGAGCUGCGAAUCCGUCUGCCUACCUUCUCUGCCUCUGAGCAUGUCACUGUGGACUUGUACCACUCCCAGAGUGGCCGCUGCUCCAGCCCGCCAUGCCCAGAGAGCCUCUUCCUGGGAUGCCUGAGGGCAGAGCCCAGCUCCCUGACUGCCACAUCCAACUGGAGGGUGUUCAACGUCACCACCCUGCUCCGCUACUACUGGCUGCACCAGGGAGGCUCUGCACCUGGCCAUGAAGAGGGAAGGGCAGAGAGAGAGAAGGGUCUGGAGAGUGUCCUGCACCCCACAGCCGACCGGGUCAUGAUGGUGGUCUUCUCCAAGCACCAGACAAAGAAGAGGGCCCCCACCCUCAUCCGCACCGCUGAACAUUCCAAGUACGUCACUCUGGACCGGGAGCGAGCUGGAGCUGGCCCUGCUGUCAGCGUAGAGGGAGGAAAGGGAGCCCGGCGCAGGAAGAGGCACAGGCUUCACCAGAGAGCAGGAGUGGCUGGGGUGGCCCCUGGCAUGGCCCACACGGAGGAGAGGAAGGGCCCGCUGUGCAAGAAGGUAGACAUGUGGGUGGACUUUGACCAGAUAGGCUGGAGCGAGUGGAUUCUUUACCCCAAGCGCUAUAACGCCUACCGCUGUGAGGGCAGCUGCCCUACCCCAGUGGACGAGACCGUCACCCCCACCAACCAUGCUUACAUGCAGAGUCUACUGAAGCUUCACCGCUCAGACCGGGUCCCGUGCCCGUCCUGUGUGCCCACCCGCCUGGCCCCUCUGUCCAUGUUGUAUUACGAAAACAGCGAGGUGCUGAUGCAGCACUUUCAGGGCAUGGUGGUGGACGAGUGUGGCUGCCACUGAUCAGCGUGUCUGCCAACAUGAGCACCCCAUAGGCACUUUCCUUCCCAGAGAACAUCACUCUGUACCAGUUUCUGCUUGGCCUACAGGCCUCACAAAGACAGUCGAGGUGCAAAUGUGUGUGCUCACUCUGUGAGUGUAGACUCAAAGUUCAUGGCUAUUCUAGUAGGGCAGCUGCUGCCUUCAGCCAUGCUAAACUAUAUGGAUGUGAUGGACACUGAAGCAGACUCUGAACACAAGCACUGAAAAGGAUCAAGAGAAUCACUCAAAAGGAUUUUAAACUGAGAUCUCCUGACUGCAUACAUGUACUAUGCAUAAGGACUCUUGAUUGAGACAAUAGAGACAAAUUUAAGUUGCCAUUGUCAAUGCUGACCCCUAGAGCGCUUUAAUUCCACUGUGUGACUUGGUAAUCAUAUGGUUUUAAAAAAAGAGUACAUAUUCAUGCAAGAAGUAUUAUUUCAUAAAGGACUAAAUAUCUGUAAAAUGUCACAUGAACCUUUUGUUUAAUAAAUCCUCAAUUU